AUGAGAGAAAAUUGGACAACAGAAAAUAGAAUGAGAGAAAAUUGGACAACAGAAAAUAGAAUGAGAGAAAAUUGGACAACAGCAAAUGUGACAAGAGAAAAUGGGAGAACAGAAAAUGAGACACCAGAAGAUGGGACAACAGAAGAUGAGACACCAGAAGAUGGGACAACAGAAGACGAGACACCAGAAGAUGGGACAACAGAAGAUGAGACACCAGAAGAUGGGACAACAGAAGAUGAGACACCAGAAGAUGGGACAACAGAAGAUGAGACACCAGAAGAUGGGACAACAGAAGAUGGGACAACAGAAGAUGAGACACCAGAAGAUGGGACAAUAGAUGAUGAGACACCAGAAGAUGGAACAACAGAAGAUGAGACACCAGAAGAUGAGACAACAGAAGAUAAGACAACAGAAGAUGAGACACCAGAAGAUGAGACAACAGAAGAUAAGACAACAGAAGAUGAGACACCAGAAGAUGAGACAACAGAAGAUGAGACAACAGAAGAUGAGACACCAGAAGAUGAGACACCAGAAGAUGAGACAACAGAAGAUAAGACAACAGAAGAUGGGACAUUAGAAGAUGAGACACUAGAAGAUGGGACAACAGAAGAUGGGACAUUAGAAGAUGAGACACCAGAAGAUGGGACAACAGAAGAUGGGACAAUAAAAAGUAAUGUACAGAAAAUGAGAUGA